UCAUAAACUUUUACUCUAUUAUCAUAGUGGAAUUCCUUUUUUUAAACAUGUUCUUAUGUUCUUAGAACCAUUUAUGAACAAUUAAGUUGGCAAAAAUUUUCGUGAACGGUUUCUAGAACUGGAGGUCAUUGUUGUGGCGGCUGCUACCGGUGUCAAUCGUGAAAGUACGAAAUUGUUGAUUGUUGCUUUUGGUUAUGUCACGUAUAGAGACUCUUUUUCGGUGACAAGUGCGACGAGUGUCAAGCUUUAAUUCUACGAGUUGUAGAUUCUGGGUGACAUAAUGUCUACGUCCUUGUCACAAGAGCAAAAAGAUCGAAUGGAGGAAAAUAGGAAAAAAGCUUUAGCAUUGAGAGCUGCUAAAUUAAAACAGCAACAGCCUCCAGCUGCAAGUAUUUCUUUGUCUCAACCACAUCAGAACAAACCAAUUGGAAGCGCUCCUAAACAGUUUUACACUCAACAAUCGUCAUCUAGUCAAUCUCAACAACCAUCUUCAAGCUCGGUAGAAAAGCGGAAAUACCCUACCAUUCCAAUUAAAAGUUCUAAUGAAAAGCUGAAAUACGGUAAUGAUUUAAAUACCAACAAAAAAGGAUCCUUAGUUCUGAUAUCAAGGGAGCGUUUCGAAUUGGUCAUGGAUUAUCAUCAGCCUACCAUAGAUGCUAUUAAAGCAGUACCAGGCCGACAGUAUGAUAUGACAAAGAAAAAUUGGAAUUUCCCUUUGACACAAUAUGAAAAAGUUAGAAGUGUUCUGAAAAACCUUCAACCGAGUGUAGUUGUGGGUGACUUGCCCUCACUAGUUGUUGAAACAUUUGUAAAGCGCAGAUAUACUUAUAGCUCAGAUGUGGAUCUGUCACGCAUACAAUCUUCCAUGCGCUCUACACUCAUGGACUUUCAAGUAGAAAGUGUUAAAUAUUCUGUGUCCAGAGGGGGUCGUGUAUUGAUUGCAGAUGAUAUGGGUUUGGGAAAAACUAUUCAAGCUUUAGCAAUAGCUGAUUAUUAUCAUGAUGAAUGGCCUUUGCUAAUUGUUUGUCCAUCUUCUAUGCGAUUUCAGUGGGUUGCGGAGAUUCGCAAACACCUGAAAAAUGUGAAUGCAGACUCAAUUUUUGUCAUAACAAAUGGGAAGGAUGUAAUAGACUGCUAUUCGGAAGUGGUUAUUACUUCCUAUGACCUUAUGUCAACCUUUGAAACACAACUGUUGGCAAAGAAAUUUGGUGUUGUGAUUAUGGAUGAAAGUCAUCAUUUGAAGAAUCCUAAAGCAAUUCGUACGAAGGCAGGAACAAAAAUUUUGACAACGUGCAAGCGAUGUAUUCUUUUAAGUGGUACUCCUGUGCUUAGUCGCCCUGUUGAGCUACACUGUCAACUAAAAUGUAUCAGACCUCAAAUUUUUAAUAAGUUUAUGGACUUUGCUCUGAGGUACUGUGAUGCGAAACAAACAAAAUGGGGCUGGAACUAUUCAGGUUCUGCUAAUAUGAAUGAAUUAAAUAUAGUGCUUAAAGAGCUGCUAAUGAUACGCCGUCUUAAGUCAGAUGUCCUAUCCCAGCUACCUCCAAAAACAAGAGAGGUUGUUAUGUUGGGUUCGACAACUGGCCCAAAAUUGAGUGAAACUUCUGAAUUUGCGAAAAUUCUUGAUGCAGAAGGGUUGAAAGGUUUAUCAAAAGUAAACACUCUAAUGUCAUAUUUUCAAGAGACCUCUACUGUUAAAAUAAAAGGAGUUACCCAAUAUGUAGAAGAUAUGAUAGAGAAUGGAGAGAAAUUUCUCAUAUUUGCUCAUCAUGGGAUAAUGAUGGAUGCAAUUUGUACAGCUGUUGAAAAAAAGAAAACUGACUAUAUCCGCAUAGAUGGCUCAGUAAAGUCAGAAGUUCGAAAGGAUCUGUGCAAUCAUUUCCAAGAACAAGAGAAUUGUUUAGUUGCAGUUCUUUCAAUUAAAGCUGCUAAUACCGGUCUAACAUUAACAGCUGCACGUCUGGUGAUAUUUGCUGAACUUUGGUGGAAUCCAGGUGACCUUAUUCAAGCUGAGGAUAGAGCUCAUCGAAUUGGGCAAGCUGAUAGUGUUUUGGUACAAUACCUUGUCCAGCGUGGGACAGCAGAUGACCAAAUCUGGCCCCUUAUUCAACUAAAACUAGAUGUCCUCAGUAAAGCUGGAUUAAGCCAAGAUGAUUUCAAAGUUGAGUCGUCUGUUCAUGCCAAGAGUCAUACUGAAGAGAAGACCAUUACAGAUUAUUUUUCUCAAGAUGAUGAUAUGAUGUUAGCAGAUUUAGAUUUAAGUACAGUAGAAAAUUCUUUUGAAGUUCCUGAAAAGAAAGCACGAAUUGAAUAGAUUACAAUUUGCACACAAGAAAUUUAAUCAUGAUGUAAAUUAAUUAACAAAAAUGAUAUUGCAACCAAUAUGUGCACUAAAAAAUCUUUAUACAUGGUGCACUGGUGAAUGAAAUAAAAAAAAACAACAGAUUGA